AUGGAUUCCACGGCGGUGCGGGUGUCGGAGAUGCAGCAACCGCGGCGAGGAGGAGGAGGAGGAGGCGGAAAUGGUGCCGGUGCCGGUGGAGAGAAGCCGCCUGAGUUCGGCGGCAUGUCAUUGGAUUUGAGUCUUCGCCACAAGGAUCCGAUCCAGGAGGAAGAUGUGGCUUCGUCGACGUCGGCUCCUCUGCCUCCGCCUCUCUUCGAGCUCAAUCUCAUUAAGGGAUUGGACUUAGUUCGGGAGCCGCAGGCGGCUGCGGCGGUGGCAGCGGAGGAGUCGCCGGAGUCGGAGCCACGGGUGUUCUCGUGCAACUACUGCCGGCGUCAGUUUUACAGCUCCCAGGCGCUCGGAGGGCACCAGAACGCCCACAAGCGCGAGCGGUCCCUCGCAAAGAGCACCGCCGGCGUCGGAGGCAGCGGACUGGGAGGUCUCGCUGGGGGCCACCGGUUCGCGCCCGGAAUGGCGGCGCUGCCAGUGCUCCACGGCGCGUACGGCCUGCAUCCGCUGGGGAUCCAAGCGCACUCUAUGAUGCACAGGCCCUCAUUCGGCGGCAGCGGGCCUCUCGGACUUCUCAACGAGGGUUGGCGUCGGCGGCCGCCGACGCUGCCCAUGGAGCAGCAGCACCCCGGCGUCGGGAGGCUUGAUGACUCCUUCAUGAGACCCCCUCCGGGGCUACCAGCGAGGUUUGGCGAGCCCACUGCCACAAUUCCCCGCGCUAGGAGCCGCUGGGCCAGCGCUGCCGCCGGCAACGAAGUCAGCGAGGAGGAGGAGGAGGAGGAGGAGGAGGAGGAGCAUCACCUUGACUUGACUCUCAAACUCUAG